GGUUAAACCGAACCAAAACAUCCACCACCUUAGCCCUUAUAAAUAACCCUAAACAACACCAAAAACAAGAAGAGCAUGCCAUACCACAUUAAACCACACAUGAAAAAAAUGACAACUCCUCCACCACCACCACCACACACCUCCUCCCUCCUCCUCCUCUCCCUCCUCCUCGCCGCCGCCUCCGUCAUCCACGGCACGGCGGCAGCAGAAGACCUGAUCAAGAAAACAUGCAAAGCAUUGGCGAAGGAGGACUCGAACGUCCAGUACGGCUUCUGCGCCGCCGCGCUGGCGGCGGCGCCCGCCAGCGGGUGCGCGACGCUCCGCGGCCUGACGUCGAUCAGCAUCCGCCUGAUCCGGUACAACGUGACGGACACGCGGUGCCGGAUCAAGCAGAUGCUGAGGGACAAGAGGGCGCCGAGGCGCGACAGGUACGCGGAGCUGUGCCUCCGCGACUGCCUGGAGAUGUACUCCGGGGCCGUCUCGGACGCCAAGGCGGCGAUGAGGGAGUACAACUCCGGGCGGCUGGCGGAGGCCUCGGUGCACCUCUCGGCCGUCCUCGACGCGGCCUCGACGUGCGAGGACGGGUUCGAGGAGCGGAGGGGCGAGGCCUCUCCGCUCAAGAAGCGGAACAACGACACCUUCCAGUUGUCCGCCAUGGCUCUCACUCUAGUCCAUGACCUUCAAACUGCCCAACUCAAACAUUGAAUUGUUUUUAUUUUUAUCAUUUAAUGGUGUUUUUAAAUUUAGAAAAGGAGAAGAAAAGAUUUUUUUUCUUUGGCAUAAAUGUGAUUGUGCAGG